AGUAUUUUAAAGAAAAUAAAAAUAUUAGAAAAGUAAGAAAAAUUAUAUUGAAAAAAUGUAUAGAAGUCCCUAAAGCCACUAAUAAUGCUUCCUGGUUUGAGCAAACGCAUGAAUGCUAUUUACACCGGAUUAACUGUUGACAAAAGUACCAUUUUAACCAAUAUUGUGUUUGGAAGCAAGUUUGUUAAUUUUCCUGGAGAAAUAAACAAUACUUAAACAAACUUAAAUUUAGUGCUUCAAAGUAUUUUUGUGUUUUUGUGUUAUUGUUUUUUAUGUUUUUGUUUGUUAUAAUAAAGAAAAAAUGUCCAGAGACGAAGACAGAACAAAACGCAAUGUGCUCUCGUUCAUUAAUGGACCCGAGCCAAGCAUAGAUCGGCGAUUUCGUCCAUGUCCGAAGAAUAUAUUCAAAGCAAGUGGUGACAUAUCGAAAACAAGUACUAUUGGAGAAGAUGGGGCCAUGGUGUAUCUACGACUGCGUCCUGUUAAUUCUCCUUCAUCGUCAUAUAAAAUUGCAGGCAUGGGAAAUACUCUUGUGGUGAACCCACGUUUAGAUCAAACAACGACAAGUAACAAUAAAGCAGCAAUGGAAAAACAUUUUACCUUCAGCGCGAUAUUCGAUAAUAAUGAUAGUCAAAAGGGCGUAUACAAUAAGUGUAUAAGUGACAAAAUAAAAUUGGAGGAAAGUUUCACAGUGCUGACUUAUGGUACAUCUGGUUCCAGAAAGACUUUUACACUAUUAGGCGAUGACGUUAAUCCUGGUAUUGUGCCGCGUUCCAUUGAGAAUAUUUUCACAUUAUACAAUUCCAAUAUAAAUCCGCACCCGGCAGUUAAAUUACAAAAUGCUCGCGUAGUUAUUUUAGAGGAUGAACUUUUUGCCAAGGAAAUAAUUUCAACUCGUCAAGUGCUCACAGCUUGCGGAGAUAUAACCUCAGUACAUAAGCAAUUCCAACAAAUCAUAUGCUCAGAUCAUAAUUUUGAAACCACAGUUUUCGAUGAUGUGUUUGUUAUGAUUUGGUUGUCAUUCGUUGAAAUUUAUAACGAAUUUGUCUAUGAUUUACUGGAAUUAUCGGCAUCUAAUCAAACAAUUACAGUGCCGUCUCGUAAGAAUCUUAAAAUUGUUAGCAACGAUGGAAAAGUUUUCGUGAAAGGAUUAACACAAGUUUAUGUGAAGAAUAGCUUGGAAGCCCUAAAAUUGCUGCGCUUUGGCUUACAACGUGUCACUUACGCCUCUACUUCCAUCAAUGCAAACUCCAGCCGGUCGCAUUGUAUAUUCAUCAUUGACGUGCUAAAGUACAAUGCAUCAGGUUUGAUAACAGAAAUAUCUUAUAAAUUCUGUGACUUGGCUGGUUCUGAACGACUUGACAAAACUGGGAAUGUCGGUUCACGGCUUAAGGAAACACAACGUAUCAAUACAUCGUUGAUGAUUCUGGGUCGCUGUCUUGAUGCUGCUAAUAAUUUAAAUCGUAAGAAGAAUACUGAGGUUAUUCCUUACCGAGAAUCGAAACUUACGAUGUUGUUGCAAGCUCCACUGUUAGGAAAGGAGAAAAUUGUCAUGGUGGUUAAUGUUACACCCACUGAAAAAUAUUAUGAAGAAAAUUUAAAUGUUUUGGGAUUCUCUUCAAUCGCUAAGAAUAUUAUCUUCAAACCACCAAUUGUGAAGCAAAAUAACUUAAGAUUUUCAUUCUUUUUGGAACCUUCCAAGUCCGGCAGUGCACAAAAUGCCUACAUUGAGCAAUUACUCGAAGAAAAUAUUUUGCUGCGUAAUGAUAAUGAUCGACUGAUAAACGAAGUAAAUAAUUUCCAAAUUAGGAUAAAUUCUGAACUCUUGCGGCAAGAAAAAGAAAUUCGAAAUGAACUUGUGGACUCGUUUGAAAAAACAUUGACUGCAACCAAGGAACAAGCUGAAAAUCGUCUGAAACAGGAACUUGAAUGUCAAAAACGAGUAUUUGAAUCAAAGUUGGCAAAAGUGAAACGAGCGCAUAUUGAACAAAUUGAAGAUUUGCGUGAAGAGUUACAAUAACUGAAAGAGAAAGAAUGUCAAAAAUAUCCG